CUCGCUCUAGGCGCCUUCCUGUACGCCUAUGGAAGCGCAGGUACCAAUUCAACUUAUCGUGCAAAUCAACGUGCCUUUCAGAAGUUUGGGAUUAUUCCUCGUAUGCUAGUGAACGCGACCCGUCGCAGCCUUGAGACGACGAUCUUUGGCGUCACCCACCCAUCACCUAUACUUGUGGCCCCCAUUGGAGUACAGGCAAUCUUUGCCGAAGAAGCGGAACUUAAUCCCGCCAGAGCAGCGGGAAAGCUGAAGAUUCCCUUCAUUCUCAGUACGGCGGCCAGUCGUACUAUCGAGGAAGUUGCAGAGGCGAAUGGCCCAGAUAGUCAUCGAUGGUUUCAGUUAUACUGGCCAAGAACAAACGACGUUACACUCUCAUUACUUAAUCGAGCAAAAGCAAGUGGGUAUAAAGCCCUCGUCGUCACACUUGACACCAUGGGCCUCGGUUGGCGCCCCCACGACCUUGCAACGGCUUACAUGCCUUUCGCCCAUGGGGUCGGUAUUCAAGUUGGCAAAUCCGAUCCAGUCUUCAUGGCGCGAUAUGGGAAACAGCCAGGUGUUUUCUUUGGGAGGGAGUGGCUCAAAGAAGCCAACUCGGGGCUAUAUCGUGAUUGGGAGGACCUCAGGUUUUUGAGGGAUAACUGGGAGGGACCCUUGGUGCUCAAAGGGAUCCAAAGCGUUCAUGAUGCGGAGAAAGCUCUUGAGUAUGGCGUCAAUGGCAUUAUUGUCUCUAACCAUGGAGGUCGCCAAGUCGACGGGGCCAUACCUUCUCUUUAUGCGCUUGAAACGAUAAUGAUGUCAACAAAGAUCAAGGAGGCGCAGCAGAGCGGGACGUUGACCAUCUUGUUUGAUUCCGGAAUCCGUACCGGAAGUGACAUCUUCAAAGCUAUAGCAUUAGGCGCUCAAGCGGUCCUCAUCGGCCGACCGUGGUUAUAUGGCUCGAUCGUUGGAGGCCAAGCUGGUGUGGAGCAAGUGCUCAAACAUACCUUGGCGGACUUGGACAACACGCUGGGCUUGGCUGGGUACACAUGCUUGAGGGAAAUCCAAGGCAAGGGCGAGGCGGUCAUCGCUAAACUUGACCUUUAG